GAAACCAUUAUGCUCCGUCAUCUUUGAAGGAUUCAAGGCCAAGCAGUAUGCCUAGAUGUGCGGCUUGCGACGGAUAUCAACUUCCCGUUGACAUCGAAUGUCAGACCAGUACAAUUUCUAUGGGUUCCAAUAUAAGUGGACCAGUAUCUCAUGGCUAUGCCCCAAAGGCCUUGUGUUAGACAGCCAAUUCAUCAUGGCACUCCAUAAUGUUCGAAAUGCCUCCGACACGAGUGUAUACAAGACGCUCAGCAGCAUAUUUGACUUUGCAGACGAGGACCAGAAGCAAUGGUGGCACAGCACCGCCCCCAUGUUCGCGGACAUGCUGCAGGCUUCCGGAUACGACAUCCACUCGCAAUACAAGCACUUGGGCAUCUACAAGAAAUACAUUAUCCCGUUCCUAGGAUUCUACCCCGUCGAUGACGAUAACCGAUGGCUCAGCAUCCUCACGCGAUACGGACUACCGUUCGAGUUGAGCUUGAAUUGCUCCGACUCGCUCGUGCGAUACACCUACGAGCCCAUCAACGCCGCCACCGGAACCGCCAAAGACCCAUUCAACACGCACGCCAUCUGGGAUAGUUUGAGUAAACUCCAACUCCUCCGGAAAGACAUCGAUCUCGAGCUAUUCCGCCAUUUCAAAACCGACCUGACUCUGAACGCGGACGAAUCAGCCUACCUCCUCGCCCACAACCUCGCCGGCUCCGAGAUCAAGACGCAGAACAAGCUCGCCCUCGACCUCAAACACGGCGACUUCGUCGUCAAAACCUACAUCUACCCAGCCCUCAAGGCCCUUGUCACCGGCCGCUCCAUCCAAGACCUCAUGUUCGACUCCGUCCACCGCUGGUCCCACCAAUCCCCCACCCUCCUCAACCCCCUCUCCGUCCUAUCAGACUACAUCCAAUCGCGCGGCCCAGAGAGCACCAUUACACCUCGCCUUCUCUCCUGCGACCUCAUCCACCCGUCUAAAUCACGCGUCAAAAUCUACCUCCUCGAACGCACGGUCUCACUUCCAUCCCUCGAAGACCUCUGGACCCUCGGCGGCCGCCUCUCCGACCCCUCCACGACAGCUGGACUCCUCCUGGUCCGCGAACUCUGGUCCCUCCUCCAAAUGCCCUCUGGCGUUCUCUCCUACCCAGACCCCUACCUCCCCCUAGGCAGUAUUCCCAACGAACAACUCCCCCUCAUGGCCAACUACACGCUGCACCCGAACGACCCCCUCCCGCAGCCGCAGGUCUACUUCACGACCUUCGGCAUGAACGACAUGGCUGUUGCCGACGCGCUGGUUACGUUCUUUGAGCGCCGCGGAUGGGCAGAUAUGGCGGCUUCGUAUAAGGAGAGUUUGCGAGGGUACUAUCCGCACGCAGACCACAACGCCCUGAACUAUGUCCACGCGUACAUCUCCUUCUCGUACCGCAACAACAGACCGUAUAUGAGCGUGUACUUGCAUUCCUUCGAGACGGGGGACUACGCCAUCACGAGAUUACAAGCACCGGAAGUAAAUGCUUCUGUUGAGAUCGUGUCGUGAAUGGGUGAAUUGGCGCUAAGAACGAGUGUUUAGGGUUCAUGUUUGAUGGUUUCUCGUGUUUCGGUUCUGCCUAAUGAAGAAUGCAAG